AUGGAUCAACAGCAGCAACAGCAAUUGCUCUUGCAGCAACAGCAACAGCAGCAACAACAAUUUCUGUUGUUGCAGCAAUUGCAGAAGCAAGCUCAACAUCAGCAUCAACAGCAGCAACAGCAACAUCAACAGCAACAAGCGUCUGCGAUCUCCCGAUUUCCGUCCAACAUCGACGUCCAUCUCCGCCCCUCGGGCCUCCAUCGCCAGCUCAAUUUCCAGCACCCCAAUCCAAACCCUAACCCUAAUUCCAAUUUGCAACAGCAGCAGCAGCAGCAGCAGCAAUCGCAGGGCUCUAAUUUGGGCCAAAAUAUGCAGCAAUCCUCUCAUCAACAGCAGCAAUCGCCUGGGCAACAGCAGCAACAGAAAGCGAUCCGGCCGCCUGUCAACCAGGUGGAGCUGCAAAUGGCGUAUCAGGACGCAUGGCGGGUCUGCCACCCGGACUUCAAGCGCCCAUUUGCCUCCCUUGAAGAUGCCUGCGAGAGGUUGCUACCGUACCAUGUUGUAGCGGACUAUGAAGCAGAGGAGGAUGACAGAAUCCUUGAUUCCGACUCUACCGGCUCAAUGCCAUCUCGAUCUCAGCAGUGGGACUACAACAUUGCUGCAAAAGUUGCAGAAUUCACCGGCACAUUCGAGAAGCAGGCACUAGCUUUCAACAUAAUCACCCGGAAGCGAGCCAUGGGUGAGUUCCGUUCAGAAGAGAGGCUGAUGAUCGAACAGGCUCUCCUCCAAGAAGAAAAAAGAAUGCUGCUGGAGACCAAAGCGGAACUGGAAGCUAGGGAGAAGGCCCACCGGGAAGCCCAGCUGCGGAUGGCUGCAGCAGCUAUGGCCCAGGCAGAGCAGGCGCGUGCUGAGUCGCAUGCUCAUGCAGAAAUGAUGGCUCGAGGCCCUAUAAGGGCGAAUGCGCUUGCAGGCUCGCAGGGCUCGAUCGGUCACGACAUGGGAGAGCAGGAACACAAUGUGAACCCUGACGAGAUGAUGAAUGGGUGGGGAAACAACAUGCAGCGAGAUGACAAGGAGCCGUCGGAGGAUUUCUUGAAUGACGAUGAAGAGAAUGACAAUGGGGAUACAGCGGCCCAAGGAGGCGAGUGGCGUGAAGCUCGGGAAUUCGAUCUCAAUUCAAGAUGA